ACGCAGAGAACCCUACUGGAGGGGCAGACAGGAAAGAGCAAAUAACAGGACUAGAAGGGGGGCAAAUAAGACAGAUCUCGCCAAAGCCGAACGCCCCUGCCGUUCUCUGACCGAAAAGAAGACUAAGGAGGUCUCUUCCUUGCUAGAACCAAUAAGCACUGCAGAGCCCGGAUCCCAUGCAGACAUGGCUGUAACCUGCACACGCUUUACAGAUGAAUACCAGCUGUAUGAAGAGAUUGGCAAGGGAGCAUUCUCAGUGGUCAGAAGAUGCGUGAAGCUCUGCACAGGGCAUGAAUAUGCGGCAAAGAUCAUUAACACCAAGAAGUUGUCAGCACGAGAUCAUCAGAAACUAGAGAGAGAAGCCCGGAUCUGUCGUCUAUUAAAACACCCAAAUAUUGUACGCCUCCAUGACAGUAUAUCAGAAGAGGGGUUCCACUAUCUCAUCUUCGAUUUGGUCACAGGAGGGGAGUUGUUUGAAGACAUUGUGGCAAGAGAAUAUUACAGUGAAGCAGAUGCAAGUCACUGUCUCCAUCAGAUAUUAGAAAGUGUUUGUUUCACACACUCCUGUGACAUUGUGCACAGGGACUUGAAGCCAGAAAACCUUCUCCUUGCCAGUAAAUGCAAAGGAGCUGCUGUCAAGUUGGCGGAUUUUGGCCUGGCCAUAGAGGUGCAAGGGGAACAACAGGCCUGGUUUGGUUUUGCCGGAACCCCAGGGUACCUGUCCCCGGAGGUGCUCCGAAAAGAGGCAUAUGGAAAACCGGUGGAUAUUUGGGCAUGUGGUGUUAUCCUCUAUAUUCUACUGGUUGGAUACCCGCCAUUUUGGGAUGAGGACCAGCACAAGCUGUACCAGCAGAUUAAAGCUGGAGCAUAUGAUUUCCCAUCACCGGAGUGGGACACAGUGACACCAGAAGCGAAGAAUCUGAUUAACCAGAUGCUGACCAUCAACCCUGCCAAGCGUAUUACUGCUCAUGAAGCCCUCAAGCACCCAUGGGUCUGCCAACGUUCAACUGUUGCCUCAAUGAUGCACAGACAAGAGACUGUGGAGUGCCUGAAGAAAUUCAAUGCUCGUCGAAAGCUGAAAGGAGCCAUUCUAACUACUAUGCUGGCAACAAGGAACUUUUCUGUGGGCAGACAGACCACAGCUCCUGCCACAAUCACCACUGCCGCCACUAGUACAGCCCUGGGGUUGGUGGAACAAGCAAAAAGUUUGCUGAACAAGAAGACGGAUGUUGGAAAGCCUCAGACGAACAGCACUAAGAACAGCGCUGGAGUGACUAGUCCGAAGGGGCCUAUUCCACCAGCUGCCUUGGAGCCUCAAACCACAGUAAUUCAUAACCUGGUGGACGGGAUAAAGGAGUCAUCAGACAGCACACAUACAAACCCGGAGGAUGAAGAAAUGAAAGUGCUGAAGUUCUCAGACAUUUUAAGCUCAGUGAGGAGGGGUUCGGGGGCCCUGGAAGCUGAGGGACCUCAAGCAGCGGUCGCUCAGCAGCCCCUCUCCCCAUCCUUUCCCCAUUCACCUCUUGCACAGCCUGCUAGAUUUACAGAUAUAUUUAACACAGUCAGACGAGGCUCAGAAGCAGAGGGGGUGCAGUAUUCCAACACGCAGCAUCGGCUCUCCCAGCCCCACCUAAACUCUCCGUUUGUACAGCCUCGAAAACAGGAGAUCAUUAAGAUAACAGAGCAGCUGAUUGAGGCAGUGAAUAAUGGAGACUUCGAGGCAUAUGCGAAAAUUUGUGACCCUGGAUUGACUACGUUUGAGCCAGAAGCUCUGGGUAACCUUGUUGAGGGGAUAGAUUUUCACCGAUUUUACUUCGAAAACUUGCUGUCUAAGAACAACAAGCCAAUCCACACGACCAUCUUGAAUCCUCACGUCCAUGUGGUGGGAGAGGAUGCUGCCUGUAUCGCCUACAUACGCCUGACACAAUACAUCGAUACACAGGGUCGACCUCGUACCAGCCAGUCUGAAGAGACCCGUGUUUGGCAUCGUCGUGAUGGAAAGUGGCAAAAUGUCCACUUCCACUGCUCAGGGGCCCCUGUGGCACCCCUCCAGUGACACCUCCAGUAAUGCCCUCCUGGCUUCACCAGAAAAGAGGAAGUGCCAGAGACUUUUGGCUCCGCCGCUCACAGAGUUCCAGCGGCGAGGAAAAGCACGUGACCGCAUGCUUGUGCCGUUCCCUCUCAUCCCUCCUCCCCCUCAACCCCUCCAAAUCCAGACUCUUCUAUUCUUGUGGCCCUCAAUCCCCCCCUCCCAUGUGCACACAUACCCCAGACAUCCACUGCCUGGACUCAUGAAAUGUUUGCAAGAGGACAAGAAAAUGUAGGAAAAAAAGCCUCCUAUGUAUGUUUCCCUUCUGAACUUUAAGCAUUCUUACCUUUCCCAAGCUGGGGAAGGGAAAGCUGAAACCUGUAUGACCCCUACCAUGCUACAGGAGUAAGUGCAUCCAUUGACUUGUUGCAGAGAGAAAAAAAAUUGACCUUCAGCCUUCUUCCCUCUGGUCUUUUUGGCUUUAUUUGGGGGGUUGCAGAGGGGUGGAGGGAUCGUCUGAAAUCUCGAGGGGCUGGGGGGAGAGAACUGUAACCUUCCCGUGGAGCUGUUCCUUCCCGUGUGUUUGCGCGUCCAACGUGAAAUGAGUCGUCCAAA